ACACGAGUACACAACCACCCUAUUGUGGGCGGCGACGUGGCCUCUUGACCCAAACAAGAUAGACCGAUCCUCAUCUCUAUUAAUCCAUUUGAAAUUUGGGCUUCUAGAGAUUACGAAAUUCUUUCAACACGUACUGUUUUAGGUCAUCUCUUUGCUCAGGGAACAGUGUACUGUGAAGAGUUGAAGGAAAGAGACAUGGCGAUAGCCGCAAAGGCCUUGCCUUUCUCGUGCGUGGCACACGCAAUUGCUCUAGUAUUAGCGGUGCUGGUUUUGGUAUGGAACAUUCACUUCAGGGGUGGAUUGGCUUGGGAAGAUACCAACAAAAAUCUCAUCUUUAACCUUCACCCUGUUUUAAUGCUUAUUGGCUUCGUUAUUCUUGGAGGAGAAGCUAUUAUGAGCUAUAAAUCGCUCCCAUUGAAGAAAGAAGUGAAGAAAGUGAUCCAUCUGGUGUUGCAUGCCAUUGCCUUGGUGCUUGGUAUCGUGGGAAUAUGCGCAGCAUUUAAGAAUCACAAUGAAAGUGGCAUUGCCAAUUUGUACAGUUUACAUUCCUGGAUUGGAAUUGGGGUUGCUGUUCUUUAUGGCAUUCAGUGGGUUUAUGGCUUUGUGGUGUUCUUCUACCCGGGUGGAACAGCAGAUAUCAGACGCGAGUCACUUCCUUGGCACGUGCUCUUUGGCACGUUUGUGUACAUUUUAGCUGUUGCCAACGCCUUGUUAGGAUUCCUCGAGAAGCUCACGUUCCUUGAGAGCUCUGGCCUGGACAAAUAUGGGUCUGAGGCCUUUCUUGUCAACUUCACUGCUAUUUCUACGGUUAUAUAUGGAGUCUUUGUGUUCUUGACGAUCCUUUCUCAGGCUCCCACCGAGGAUGAUCACAGUUACUCUGCAAUAUGAUGGCAUAUAUCCACUAUCAUUCUACCUGUGGACAUAGACAGAUCCCUAUUCCCCCUUUGUGUUAUAAAUUAUAAUACAAGCAGGCUGGACUUAAAGCUUUCUUUGUUCUUCAAGUAGUUGUGUAACACAACUCAGUGUAUUUCUCAGGUUAUUAUAUGUAUGUUGAAAAACAUGUGGUUUAUAUAUGAUCUACUUUGCAUUUGAGACUAAUAA